CGCCAGCUCAGCUCGGCGGCGGGCGGGCCAUGGAGGUAGGGCUGGAGGAGGCCUUCGGAGCGGCGGGAGAGUUCGGCAGCGGCCAGCGGCGCCUCACCGCUUUCCUGGUGCUGCUGCAGGUGUAUGUGGCUUGUCAGUCGAUGCUUAUUGUGCUUGUGGGAGCUGUACCCAAGUAUCACAUAGACCCAGAAGGAAUUCCAGUGAGCAGAGCUGAGCUUGCCAAGCACAUCCAUUUCGUGGACAACUUCACAUCGAUAGUAACUGAGUGGUACCUCAUUGAACAAGAUGCCUAUAAAGUAAGCCUUGCAUCAUCCCUAUUUUUUGCUGGAUUGCUUAUUGGAAAUAUCACAUUUGGCCCUUUGUCAGAUAAACUGGGCAGGAAACCAGUAUAUAUAUCAGGUCUAUUUUUCGAUGUCAUUUUUGGGUAUGUCACAGCCUUAGCUCCCAAUUACAACAUGUUUGCGGCUUCACGGUUUGUUGUUGGAAUUGUGAAUGGUGGAAUGGCUCUUGUGUCUUUUGUCCUAACACAAGAAUAUGUAGGAAAAUCAUUUUGGUCAUUUACAGGUUCAUUAACUAACUUGACAUUUGCAGUUGGCAUUGCUGUAUAUGCUUUGCUGGGUUACUGUGUGAGAGAAUGGCGCUACCUUGCUUUAGUGUCGAAUUCCCCAGGAGUCAUCUUCCUCCUCCUUUCUUUCAUGCUCCCAGAAUCACCACGAUGGCUGUAUUCCCAAGGGAAAACGGCAGAAGCUGAAGAUGUGUUGCAAUAUAUUGCCCUUGGUAAUGGAAAAGAAAGAUUAAAUUUAAAAUUAAAACCAAGUGCAGGAACUAUGAGAAAGGAUGACUCAGCACCUAGUAUCCUAAACCUAGUCAAACACCCGGUCCUUCGGUGGCGAACCGUCAUAUUGAUGUACAUCUGGUAUGUCUGCAGCUUUGUGUACUACGGACUAACUCUAAAUGCUGGCGAAUUAAGAGGAAAUUUGUAUUUAAAUGUGGCUCUUUCUGGCCUUGUAGAAGUUCCAGCGUUUCCUCUCUGCAUGUUUUUUAUCGAGAAAUCCUGGUCUGGUAGACGUAAAACCAUGACCUGUUUUCUGCUAUUUGCAGGAUUUUCCUGUGUAUUUACCAUGGUAAAUGCUGGUCUGCUCCUCAGUCCCACUUUGUUAGCUUUGUGUGGAAAGAUGCUGGUCAGUGCUGCUUUCAACAUCGCCUAUAUUUAUACAUCUGAGCUGUACCCAACAGUGCUGAGAAAUGCUGGCUUGGGUGUCUGUUCCAUGUCCUGCAGAUUUGGGGGCAUUUUGGCUCCAUUUGUGCCAUCUAUGAAAUCUCUUAGUCCUUCUGUCCCAUUUGUGGUGUUUGGAAUCAGUGGACUGUCAGCUGGAUUCCUGACUCUCCUUCUGCCAGAAACACUAAAUAAGCCAGUUGCUGAGAAUAUUGAAGAUCUCCAGAGCCCCAAGUACCAACUGCUUAAAAAUGAAGAGGCAAACCAGUUAGAAGACAACAAGUUCCAGAAGGCCAGUCUGUGGUGGAAAAUGAAUCCUCUGUUGAGAAGGUGCUAUAACAGUUGAAGGGGGGAGUCUCAGUAUGUGUGACAGGAAGCGUCGGAAGACUCAUGUAUAAUGCUGUUUGUAGUAUGUAUGAACAGUUUUAUGUGGAAGCAAAUUGAGAAGAUGGAAAAAGUUGAUCAAAGUUUGUAAGGAAAAAGGUGACAAAUCUGUGCAUUCAUUUAAUGACUUAAAAGCAUGCUUCAAAUGCUUGGGCUUCUCUAUGGCUUCUUCAAAUGGAGGAUUAAUUUAUUUUACAGAAUGUAAUGCUUAGCUUCAGAUGAAGCUCUAAUGUUGUAAUUGAAGUGUAUAAUUUAAAAUUUAGAUGGCCUUAUGUAUUCAGGCAAGCAGUGAUUGUGAGAAGUAUAGGGCAUCCUGGAUAUGCUAAUUUUCUCUACAGGUUUUUAUUUUGCCUCUAAAUUAUGGUAUACCUCACAGUGUGAAGAGACCAAAGAGAUUUUAAGUUGUUUGCCUUAGUAUGUCUAGUAUAAGAAACCUGAACAGAAAAACUAAAAGGAGACUAAAUGGAUUUUGCUGUGGGAGUAAAUAAUGUUUUUAAUGCAGUUAUAUGUGUAAAGAUAAUAUGAUAUUGGAAAAAUCAUGUCAGGCCUUUAAAAGCUGCUGAAUGGAAGGAUGAAUAACCUUUUAGACAAGGUUAUUCAAGUCAUAGGUGUUCACGUGGAGCUAGAAAUUAUUGAACAUGAGUCAUAUU